UCCGGAUCAAGGAACAUGGUAACAAGAUGCAUCCAAGAUGUAGAGUUUAUCCACCCCGGGACGUUACCGGCUGGGCAUCCAUCCGUGACUGUGGACAGCUUUAUUCCGAGCCGGUGCAUUUGUGACUCGGGCGCGUGCCGGCACACCUGCCUCCACACACCCCUGGACCGGAAGUACGCCAGCCAGCUCGACAUGAAGAGAUUCCUAAGGAAGUUACGAGAGAAGAUUACGUUCAAAGAUUUGCCACCACCGUACCGGGAGUCUGAUAGUGACGAUAAUGGCCAACGAUCGCAGCAAGAGUUACAAAAUUCGAUUAACGCAGCGCCAUGUGAGGUCCUAGAUUUAUUAGUUAAUUGCAAAAUAACAUACCAAGAUAAAGAAGAACAAUCCGACGUUGAAUACGCAGAGAUCAAAGAAAUGGGUUUAUGGCAUUCGACACCACUAGCUAAGAGGCAUAAAUCCAAAAUAUCCUUAACGUGGGUGCUGAAGGAAAAUCUAGAAAAUAACAAGUCGCCGCAAAAAAUACAAACUGAUGACAAACCAAGAAAAAUCAACGGAAAUGAUGUAGAUCGACAACAGAGACACAACCAAAAGUUUAAUGAAGUCAAUCAAGUGAAGUGUAACAGUGGGGAGGUGAAGAACAGAGUGAUGGGUCGUAACGAAUAUUAUCACAACUAUAGGUUUAAGAGUGCAUGCGAUGAGUUUGUGAACGGACAGAAUACAUGUUCUGAUACAAGUGUCGGCACCGAGGAGUACAUGAGGAGAAAACACAGACAUCGACACAGGAGGAAGAAAAAACAUCAAAGCGACAAGUUUGGCUAUGACAUUAGAGAUUUGGAUAGCUUUUUAAGUGAGGCAUCUAUAGACCGACCGGGGAACAUUCCAGUAGUGGUGGCGUACCCCACCACGCUAUACCAGACGCAGAAGGACAAGCAGAGAGAGUUGACUCUCCCCCUGGGUACCGUCGUCAACGCAGUGUUCAAGAACCAACUCUGGCUGUAUGUACAGACUCCACACGGCGAAGAGGGCUAUGUACUGUAUAGUGCAUGUCUGCCUCUGGGAAUAUUGCCUAAUAGGACACCGGAAAGAAAAACCCCGUGCUGGGAGAGCAGUACAGACAUAUAUCCCCGUCCAUGCGGCAACCUCACCGACAUAGAGAAGGAGCAGCUCCGCGGCAGAACUCGUUCAGAGUGUCAAUACCGGCCCCGCAAUGAAAAGAAAUUGAAAAAUUUGUGCGCAGAAAAAAACUUUGACAGCCUAUACUUAAGGACCAAAUCUGUUUGUUCCAACAUUGAUAGGGUACCCGAUGUUGAAAAUAUUAAGGAGUUAACAGUGAAAAGACAAACGUUAUUAGUGGUGACUAGUGAUUAUAGAGGCAGUGAUUUAAAUAAGACCUUGUCUGUGCAACAGGGGGAUGUGGUGACGUUAGUACAAGGGAAGGGGGUUGAAGCUGAUGGGAGUGUUGACUGGUUCUAUGUGAAGAAGAGAGAUGGUAGCCAUGGGUUCAUACCUGCAGCUAUUGCUGGUCAUGGUUACAUUUAAUAUUAAUAGAUAAUAGAUAGAUGAGAUGCAGUUACUAUCUUUUACACAGCGCCAUCUAGUCCCAAGCUAAGCCGAGCUUGAUUUUGUGAAUACAUAGAAAAUAGGGAAUGGAUUUUUUUUUAAAUGUGGACUAAUAAACCCAAUUCUAGCAAUGAACCUUUCUGGUUGAUUUCCACGCGGUUCCCCUGAAAACAUCGUAUUAAAUCAUGGUGAAUUUCCCACGAUGGGCUAACUUACCUUACCUCAUGUUCAUCUUAUUAUCCUCUACUGGUGACCCGACU